AUCAUAUCGAUGAACCACCUGUACUGUGUGUCUACCUGCUGGAAAACUGUUAUUUUGGGUGUGGUAAAUUUUUCAGCAAAACUUUGUUGUGACUUGGAGAUGGCACGAAAUAAUUUAGUUUUAAGACUAGUAUUCAGAGUUAUUGUGGUAUUAAUAGCUGUGUUUUUUUAAAGUUUACCUCGAUAUACGUAUUGAUAGAUCUUUGUCAGUUCGUUUUAUUUUUAAAGAUGAGUGGAAAUUUACCUUAAGUUGUUUGUUUCUAUAUAAUGGUAAAAAAAACCAUGAAUUCCGGAAGAUUUUACCCUGUUAUGGUAUUAGCUUGUGCAGCUUUGGGAGUUAGUGCUUUGUGUAUAAUCAUAGCAUUCACAACCCCGUAUUGGUUAGUGUCUGAUGGUUUGGCGCCUGUUGAAAAAUUCCAGAAAUUAGGUUUGUGGGAAGCUUGUUUCAAGCGUUUUGUUGACAUAAAUUACCGAUAUGAUCGGGAAUUCCAUGGAUGUAAGUGGAUAUUUGAUGAAGAUUACAAUUUCAUUCAGAAUUUUUUGACACCACCGUUUUUUGUGGCAGUUCAAGUUCUUUUUACGUUAGGGUUAGUGUGCCUUAUUUUGGCAUGUCUGGUGCUGAUGGUUUUCACAUUGUGCCUUGUAUCUGACAAAGAGGUGCUCAUUCUCAAGCUAUUAGGUGGGCUUGCUCUUGCAUCAGGAAUACUAAGCACUGUUGCUGUUAUCACAUUUGGAGCUAAUGGGGAUGAGAGGAACUGGAUGCCAGACCCAGAUCAUAAUCAUCUGUCUUGGUCAUUUGGAUUGGCAAUUGUUGGAGCUUUGGCAGAAUUGGGGGCUGGAGUCUUGUUUUUAAUUGAAUCCCACCUUGCUCAGCGUCGAAAUAAAGACAGGAAUCAGCAAGUUUUUACAUUGAAUCAAGUAUCAAAAGCAUAAUUGAAUAUUAGCAUCAUUGUUUGUAUGAUAUUUGUCUUUUAAUCUCGGUGUAUAUUUCAAUCAUUAAAGAUAUAUAUAUGUUGUGUUGUCAUACAA